CAGAAAACGUAUCCGAAGCCGAAAUCAAUAAGUAGAUUCGUGGACGUGAUUUGUGAGUUGGAACGGCAUACGGGAAGGUGCGGAUUUUCUCUCCCAAAUUUGGCUGAAUUCUCGUCAGCAAUCCCUCCACAAGAUGAAUGCGGAGGUAGAGUUCCACAUCAGGAAUAAUUAUCCGUGGUCUAAAUUACCGGCAAAUGUCAAACAGGUUCUGGGGCAGUCACAGAAAGAAUAUGAGAAGUUAGUUGUCAACUUCAGCGUCAAGAAUCAGCUACGAUACAAAGGAAAUCUUGUGCGCACCGUGCGACGCGAUGAGAAGAAAUACUAUGAGGAACUGCUCAAAUACAGCGCCGAUCACUUGAUGUUGUACCCCUACCAUCUGUCCGAUAUCAUGGUCAAGGGGCUACGCAACACUCCGUUCUCCUACUACCUGAGGAUGAUGCACGGUAUUAUGUCGGGGGAAAAGAGCUACGAUUCCUUGCCGAACUUCACCGCUGCGGAUUGUUUGAGACUGCUUGGCAUAGGGCGUAACCAGUACAUCGACAUCAUGAAUCAAUGCAGAUCCUCCAAGCCCUCUCUCAGUCGAAGUGGAAGCUUCAAUAAAUUUUUUCGACGUCGUCCAAUCAAAGAUCUCCUGCCAGUCAAGCCAAUCGACAGUAUAGUCCUGGAACCUUGGUGGAUUGUGCAAGCCGGCUACAUCACGGAAGAUGACAUCAAGGCUGUUUCAGUGUCGGAAAAGAUCGCUAUUGAUAAGAUCAUUGAUGUAGGCCCACAACUCUCUGGCACGCUGGAUUACUACAUUGUACAUAAACUGUACACAAAAGGACUUGUUUACAUGGACGUUCCUAUUGAAGAUGAUGACUGUAUCAUUGUUCCACCACUGGAAGGUUUUGUCAUGAACCGUCUUCAAGGCGACUAUUUUGAAACACUCCUAUAUAAGAUCUUUGUCUCAAUUGAUGAACAUACCACUGUUGCUGAGUUGUCCAGUGUCCUCCAGAUUGACCUACAGCUGGUCAAGAACGCUGUUUCCAUGUACUGUCGCCUGGGCUUUGCUAGGAGGAAAGGGCAAGACUUGGACCCAGAGGCCCUGCAUCCUUCUUGGCAGGACGCCGAACAAAACAGUACCAAGAAAGCAAUCACCGACGACCUCCUCCUGAUUGACUGGAGCUCCACCCCUCAAGAGGCCAAGAUCUCACCCACAGACAGCCAGACAGCCAUCUCAGACUCAGCAAGCAUCGAGGACUCAGAGACCUCGUCGUCUGGCAUCAUCAGUAGCGUUGGGUCCGGGCACAGUAAGCGCAUCGCCUUCCUGUUUGAUUCCACGCUGACGGCAUUCCUUAUGAUGGGGAACCUGUCUCCGGGAUUGAAGAGCCAUGCUGUGACGAUGUUUGAGGUCGGCAAACUGUCGGACGAAUCGCUGGAGAGUUUUCUCAUGGAGUUAGACAGAGUUCCAAUCAACAGCGUUGCAGAAGGAGAGGCACAGCGAUACUUUGAACACGCAGUCACCCUCAAGAACACAAUCACAUUCCUCAGGCAUAACAAAAGUAUUAGUCCAGACGUGGAGCAGUACAGCAGUGGUCUGGGUAUUGACUUGCUGCGAUGUGAGAGUUUAUUGGGAUUGGAUCCAGCUACGUGCUCUAGAGUCCUACAAAAGAACUAUGAGUUAUUGGUUUCCAUGGCGCCGCUUAGCAACGAGAUCAGGCCAGUGAGUAGCUGCAUCCCACAGCACAUUGGGCCGGCGAUACCCGAGGUGAAUUCUGUGUGGUUUAAGCUGUACAUAUAUCAGAUGGUCCAGAGUGGGCCUCCAACUCUACUCCUAGUGAAAGGAAUGAGGCUACGCUACCUACCGGACAUUUUCCAGGACUACGACCGACUGUUGAUUACGACCUGGGGUCAUGACCCCGGUCUGGUCGCGACCUCCAACGCCCUACUCACCAUCAACGACGCCCUGGCUCAUUCUGCUGUCCUGAUCCAGGGACAUGGUUGGUUGACUGACGGUAGAACAUUCCACAUUCCCUUCCCUCUGAAUGAAGACCAGGGUAAAAUCAGUUCCACCUUAAAAUCGAUGGAGCACCAUCCCACGGUCCGAUCCCUGGCCAAAAUCCUGGACCUCAAGCACACCUGUGGCUACAUCACCCUCCUCAACUCAGGCAAACCCCGUGAUAGGAUACCCAGCGGACACCCCUCUCCCCACCCCACAACAGAUGGGGUGACGGAACCCCUGCCGCACGAGAGAACAGUGACAGAAACAGACAGGCAGAGUAGAGACAUGUCAGACUCCACCCAGGCCAUGUCACAAGUCACGAAACAGUCGCUGACUCUGCCCGUCAGCUCCCCAAUGCACGACGGGAGUGCCAGUAUCCGUGGCAAAGAAAUCAAGGAAGCUGAUUGGUCGCUCUUGGACGUCUGUUUCGGUAUCCCUCUGUUUGAAGACAAAAUCAACAGGACAGUUUGUGCAAAAGUUUCCGAGUUUGGACUUUGCCAGAGAGAAAGCCUUUCGCAGUUACUGCACAGCAGUCGGAAGUUAUCCUUGCGCUUGCUCAACUUUAUCGCUGAACAACAGGACAUGCCUGUGGUACCAGACCUUCCAGCCGAGGCCUCGCUACCAACCUCCCCCUCCACCGUCUCCGCUCCUUCUCUUCCCUACCCAACGAGAAACCUUGUCUUUGUCAACAACAAGCUGCAAGUCUGGGAUACAAGCUGAGAAAUUGUGCAUUUUUCUGUCAAAUUACCCAAAUCCCUCUCCCUAAGUUUAUACCCCUAUAGGAUGCACUGUUAAUGCCCAGGCAAGGUAAAGAAUAGUGUGGAUUUCUUGUUCGUCAGUUUCAAGGGAAUAUACAACAUUUGCAAACAUCAAAAAAAAAAAAUACAAAUUAUUAUGAAAU